AUGUCGACCGUCGGAGAACUUGCUUGCAGCUACGCUGUGAUGAUCCUUGAAGACGAGGGCAUUGCCAUUACUUCUGACAAGAUUGCGACUUUGGUCAAAGCUGCUGGUGUUGAGAUUGAGUCUUACUGGCCAAUGCUAUUCGCCAAGAUGACAGAGAAGCGUAACGUCACUGACCUCAUCAUGAAUGUUGGUGCUGGUGGCGGUGUAGGCGGUGCACCAGUGUCUGCUGCUGCACCCGCUGCUGCUGGUGGUGCCGCAGCUGCUGCUCCUGCCAAGGAAGAGAAGAAGGAUGAGCCAGCAGAAGAGAGUGAUGGAGAUCUUGGUUUUGGCUUGUUCGAUUAG